AUGUCAGUUGCCGAAUAUAAAAAGAAAUUAUACGAGAUACAAAGAACAGGCGAAAAUAAGUCUUGCUUUGACUGUGGUGCGCCUAAUCCACAAUGGGCAAGUGUUUCCUAUGGCAUCUUCAUUUGUCUCGACUGUUCAGGCAUUCAUCGUUCCUUUGGUGUCCACAUUAGUUUUGUUCGCUCAAUCACAAUGGACAAGUGGUUUGACGACCAGUUAAAAAAGAUGGAGUUGGGAGGCAACCAAAAAGCAAAGGAUUUCUUUAGCUCUCAGCCUGAUUAUUCUCCCAAUAUGUCCAUGAAAGAUAAAUACCACAGCCAUUUUGCUGAAUUAUAUCGAAGCAAGUUGAGUGCUGAAGCUGAGGGACGUCCAUGGACACCGACGCUUGUAUCCAAAAAGCCAUCAAUGCCUACAACAAGCAGCACACGAUCAUUGAACUUAUCAAACGAACAACGUUCAAGUUCUUCUAUAUCUUUAACGGAUACUAAAGCUCGUAACGAAGAGUAUUUUGCAAAGCUUGGUAACGUUAAUGACAGUAGACCAGAUAACUUGCCACCAAGUCAAGGAGGAAAAUACACAGGGUUUGGCAAUCCUCAAUUUGAUUAUUCGCCACAGUCAUCAAACACAGAUAUUCAUGACCUCAUUAACGACCCACGAGCUGCUAUUGAAAAAGGCUGGUCGCUUUUGUCUUCUGUUGGUAAAGCAGCAGUUGAACUUGGCCGUCAUGUAAAGAACAAUGCAGUCAAUGGUGAAUAUGUCAAUCCUGCUGUUAUUGAUCAAAUACGUGAUAACGUAAACUAUUAUGUGAACUCACUCACACAACCAAGGGUAAAAAAAAAGCAAAGCAUACAUGAUUUAUGA